AUGUAUGAGUCCACUCUCCUCUACUCUAUUGCAUUUGGUGCUUUCUUUGGUCUGCUGGCCCUUCGCCGGCCUGCUUACCUUCUGCUGGAGCCACCACGGGAAAGCUCAAUUUGCAAACGCCCAAGGACACGUUCGCCCUGGUGCGCUAUUAUUUCGCUUGGCAGCGUUCUCUAUCGUAAUAGUUCGGGCCUUUCUCUGGCGCAGAUAUCUCUUGUCAAUGGCACGACCCAAAUCCGUCUGCGUCUGUCUCGCCCGCUUAAGGUGAGAGCUGGACAGUACAUCAAUCUUUGGGUUCCAUCCGUGAGCCUGUGGGCCUUCUCUCAAACACACCCCUUCGUCGUUACGUCCUGGUCUCAAAAGCCACAGGAGCAUCUAGAUCUCUUCAUUGAGCCUCGUCGCGGCUUCACGAAGGACCUACUCAGGCUCGCAGAACAUGGCCCGACAACAAGCAUGGCGUGGUUCAGCGGACCGCACGGAAAGCCGCUUCCCAUUAGUCGAUACGAAAAUGUUGUCAUGCUGGCUACUGAAUCCGGAAUUGCCGCUCACUUGCCGUAUCUCAAGAAGCUGGCGCAUGAUCAACGAAGCCAUGAGAUUCCGGUCCGCCAGGUUCAUCUCAUAUGGCAAAUGGAGCGAAGAGAUGGGGGUAUUGCCGCGCAGAAGUUGCUGACUGAAGCUCUCGCCGAAGACAAGCUCAGUGGACAACACAAUCUCCGCAUGUCUAUUCAUAUUACAGGCGAAAGCAUAGAAGAGGUGGAUUUCGGAAGCAGAGCUACAGUGUAUCAGGGUCCAAUUCCCCUUGCUGAUAUCUUGUGCUCGGAGCGAAGACAACGACGACGCGGGAUAUGUAUGUGCGGUUCCAUGCGGGACACCUUAGUUGAAGUGAUGCGACGUAAUCGGUACCGCGGUAUGGAUGUCAGAUACGCGGAAUACCAACCGUGA